CACAAAAGUCGUUGAAAGAUGUAACUGAAAAAGUGAAAACCCUUCACAAAAUCAAUAACAUAGGGAGAGGUGAGGGCGGAAAACCCGAAAGUACCCUCAGCAUUCAAAAAUAUGAGACAACACACAACCUCACUUUUCAUUUUCAUGGCUGAGAGGCUCAGUGGUUGCACUUGAGGCCAUCCGUCGUAGUUCGUCGUCGUCAUCAACAUUCCAUUCCAAACACGACACAAAAACACAUAUUCAAAUUUUCCUUUAUUUCCUCCGAAAACAACAAAAGAAAACAAAAAAAAAAAAACAAGGAAGGAUAUCAAAACAAAACAUGCCCCAGUUUGGCACCAAACUCAACAACUCAACCACCAUAAGGCGACGCUUUCACCACCGCGUUUCCCUGCUACGCCGCUGCAUCCUCCGUGUCCUCCACCGCAUCCUGCUCUGUUCCGGGAGGAAGACCAACAACACCUACAGCAUGCUGCCUCCAGCAUUACCCUCUCCGCCGCUGCCCCCGACCGCAGAAUCACCCGGCGAAAUUGCUCGUGAAGAGAUGGAUGUCGCGCCGCCGGCGAUGUUUCAAACCCAUGAUUUGGAUUCUGACUUGGUCUCCUUGAAGAUCAGCUUGUUGGGAGAUUGCCAAAUUGGAAAAACCAGCUUUUUGGUGAAAUAUGUUGGGGAUGAAAAGGAGAAGCAUGGUAGCCAGAUGGAAGGGUUAAAUCAGAUGGACAAAACACUGGUCGUUAAAGGGGUUCGCAUCUCGUACUGUAUCUGGGAAGUACAAGGUGAUGGAAAAACAGAAGAUCGAAUUCCGAUGGCUUGCACGGAUUCUGUGGCGAUUUUGAUUAUGUUUGAUCUAACAAGUCGAUGCACAUUAAACAGUGUUCUCGGUUGGUACAAAGAAGCCAGGAAAUGGAAUCAGACAGCAAUACCAGUGUUGAUAGGAACCAAGUUUGAUGAUUUUAUCCAGCUGCCUAUUGAUAUCCAAUGGACCGUUGCUAAUGAGGCAAGAAAAUAUGCAAAGGCCCUGAAUGCUGCCUUGUUCUUUUCCAGUGCAACUUACAACAUCAACGUGAAUAAGAUCUUCAAGUUCAUCACUGCCAAACUUUUCGACCUACCAUGGAAAGUGGAAAGAAAUUUGAAUGUUGGGGAGCCCAUCAUUGACUUCUGAACUGUACAUUACAUAGAGUUGUGAAGUUAAGUGAGCAUACUUCAAAGUCAACCGUGCCAACUUGGGGGGUGUGAUGAGAAUAUCUCACUCUUGGGGCAAUUGAGUUGUUAGGUUUACACACAUGUCAAUUUCCAUGGAAACAAGCAAGGCUCUCUUCAAUCACCAUCACCAGCAAUAAGUUUUACAAGGAGAAGAAUAAGGGGAAAAGUGAAAACAAAGGAGAGAAGUAUAAGGUUGAGUAGUAGCAGCAUAACAAGAAAAGAGAAACUAAUGCAUUAAUUGUUGAGUACAGAUUAGUCAGUGGUGCUUUUGUCUUGAUAUUAAGGUGUCAUUUGAGUUGCUGUCAAGAGCAUAGAUGAUGAGACAGAGAUGUACCUAAUUUUCUUUUUGUUUCUUUUUUAUUUCUCACCUGGUUUGAAUUCUGGUAAUCCAAAGUUCUUUUAAAUAAAUAAAACCAUUUCAUGUGGUUCA